ACUGCUAUAUAUAACUGUGGCUUUGGGUUUCAGAUGCUGCACAGGGCUUCUUCUUAUUCUGCUAUAAUGGCGAAUCUGGCGAGAGUAGUGUUGGUGAUGAUGAAUGUGAUGGUUGUGAUAAUGAGUAUUGGAGCACAUGGUCUGAGCAUGGAAUACUACUUAGCCACCUGCCCCUUUGUUGAACCAAUCGUUAAGGACACAGUGAACAGUGCUUUGGAGAGGGAUCCUACACUUGCUGCUGCCCUUCUUAGAAUGCACUUCCAUGACUGCUUCAUUCAGGGAUGUGAUGGAUCGGUUCUGAUCGAUUCAACAAAGGGAAACACAGCAGAGAAGGAUUCACCAGCAAAUUUGAGCUUGAGAGGCUAUGAGAUCAUAGACGACAUCAAAGAACAGCUUGAAGAACAAUGCCCUGGUGUCGUUUCAUGUGCUGACAUCCUCGCAAUGGCUGCUAGAGAUGCUGUUUUCUUUGCUGGAGGACCAGUGUAUGACAUACCAAAAGGAAGAAAGGAUGGAAAAAGAUCAAAAAUUGAAGAUACAAUCAAUCUGCCAGCCCCAACCCUUAAUGCUUCCCAGCUCAUCAAGAUGUUUUCCCAACAUGGCUUUACUGCUCAAGAGAUGGUUGCUCUCUCUGGAGCACAUACACUGGGAGUGGCAAGGUGUUCAUCCUUCAAAAACCGACUGAACAAAGCAGAUCCGACGUUGGAUACAGAAUUCGCCAAAACACUGUCUAAAACCUGCAACGGCGGAGACAAGUCGGAGCAGCCGUUCGACGCCACGAGGAACGACUUCGACAACCUUUACUAUAAUGCUUUGUUGAGGAAGAAUGGAGUUUUGACGUCCGACCAAACACUGUACAACAGCCCUGCAACCAGGAACUUCGUGAAUGACUAUGCACUGAACCAGGCUAUGUUCUUCUUUCAUUUCCAGCAGGCCAUGGUGAAGAUGAGCUUUCUUGAUGUCAAAGAGGGUUCUAAGGGAGAAGUACGUGAGAACUGUCGGAAAAUCAACUGAUCAUUUUCUAGGUUUGAUUCCACGAUUUUUUGUUUGAAUUGUACUUGUAUUUAUGGAUACAUAUAUUACUGUACUUUAUUAUGCUUUGAUAUAUCAAUGGUUUGCGACAAGUUGUAAUUUUUUUGGUGUAAUGUUAUGCUACCUCAUGUUU